AUACACCUCAUUGAGUGCUGUGUGGACAAAGCAAUAUUCAAUGAGUAGCUGCACUUUUUCUGUUAAUAAAUACGAUUAUUUCGCCACCUCUGACUGGGAUUUCUAGGGAGAUUGCAUACAAUGGCAAGCAAAGAUGUUAACGAAACUUUGCCUUUGUCACUGAUGUCGAAGGAGGAAUAUUCUGGAGAUAGAACAACAAGAGAAGGCCUUUCUGAAAACAUGUCUGAAGCAUCUUCUCAUGAUUCCUUCUAUGAUUCAUUAUCAGACUUGCAUGAAGAAGCCAUUGAUGGAAAUUUUCCUGAACUUUCUGCUUUCCUUAGUCAAGACGAGAUCAACAAGAGCAUUGACAUAGCUCGUGAAGCUUUUUCCAGUUCUAACAAUGACAAUCCUAUUCAAGAACAUGUUUUGAAACAUUCAUCUCUAAAUCCAGUUGACAGGUCUUUCAAGGAAUUUAAGUUAAAUAACCCAUCAUCACAAGACUCUCAAAAAAUAGAUUGCAUGUCACGUGUGAAUGUUCUUAAUAAACAACGCAAAAAUGCUAAUGCUGUCACAGAUGUCCGAGAUAUGAUAUCACCUCUUCUCACCACAAGUCCAAGUAUAAUUCGUACCCUUCAAGCUCAGAAAGCAUCUAAGAAAUCAAGCAAAUGUAGCCAAAAUAAAAUACCAAAUCCAACAAUGAAAGGAAAAGCAUUUGAAAGUGACAGUGGCUCCCAACCUGAUAUAUACAAAAAGGCAGCAAACUUCAUUGAAGAACUGUCUGCUAUAUUUCGAGAAACAAGUAAAGACAGAGACAGGAGACCAAAUGGAGAUUCUUCUUCACCAGACAGUGGCUAUCUUUCUCCUAAAACAGACAAUCCAGUUCUAGUAAACUCAUCAAUUAAUGAAAAUGAAGUAGAAUUAAAACCAGACUUAAAAUCCACAGACACAUCAUCAAUAAAAGAUACAGAUCAUACAACAGAGAAAGAACCUGUCCAACCUGAAGAAAAUAGAACACACAUUCAAGCUAAUAAAUCAUAUACUCCUCCUUUAGUUGCUCGAUUUAUUCAGAAGCUCCGAAGCCAAGAGGUUUCUGAGGGAAGCAGAGUUGAACUAGUAUGCAGAGUAUCAGGAAACCCACUGCCGGAGGUUAGGUGGUUCUGUGAAGGCAAGGAGCUGAAAAACACUCCAGACAUUCAGAUCUCCUCUGACGGAGACGGUUUUCACAAGCUCGUCAUAGCAGAGGCCUUCGAAGAGGACACAGGGCGAUAUACUUGCGUGGCAUCUAAUUCCCACGGUUCUGAUACAUCUUCAGCAGAAGUAUUUGUUGAAGGUGCCAGUUCUUCAGAUUCAGAAAGUGAAAGCUUUGCAGUCCUCACAAAACCAGGAACGAUGCCACAGGCUCAAAAGAAAACAAGUUCUGUUUCCUUGACUAUAGGGCCUUCAUCCCCAAAAUGUGGAAUAACCACUGCUAUAAUGCAGCCAAUGUCUGUGCCUGUUCAGCAGGUCCAAAGCCCUACGUCAUUUCUUUACCGACAAGAUGGACCCGGCACAUCUACAGUUGCUGCCCCGGUUUUUACUAAGGAGCUGCAGAGUCUAACAGCGUCUGAAGGACAGGUUGUGGUGUUAGAGUGCCGAGUAAAAGGCACACCACCGCUGAAGGUCAAAUGGUUUAGAGAAGGGACAGAAAUUCAGGACUCUCCAGACUUCAGGAUUCUUCAAAAAAAGCCACGAUGUGCCUCCGAACCUGAGGAGAUCUGUACACUUGUGAUAGCAGAGACGUUCCCAGAAGAUGCCGGGACCUUCACAUGCAAAGCUUGGAAUGACAGUGGAUCAGUGACCUGCGCAGCCCAGCUCACUGUUGGUUCUGGAAAUAAUGAGGCUACCAGAAAUGAUGUGUCAAGUGGAGAGAUUAGUGGUUAUGAUUUCCAGAAGUAUUCACCUCCUUCAGUAACAAGCAACAGUUGCAUUGAAACCCCAUCAAAAAAACCUUCAGGGGGCUUUCAGUCACAGGAUAGCAACUCGAAACCAAACCUGGAAAAGAAUCAUAUGCAGCUUUUCUCACUGGAGAGCAAAGUCAAUGGCAUACAUCCUAGUAAUGGUGUCAAUGGUAUCAACGGCAAUCAAGACAGGACUUAUAUGUCCCCAACUUCUCCAAGUACCGUAUCCUCACCAAGCAAAGAGCCACCACCGGUGCCAACCAAACCAAAACUGGAUACGCAGAUAAUACAGCAACUGCAGAAUCAGAUACGUCAAGAGAAAGAAUCUGGUGGGUGGAAGCAACAGACGAGCAUUCAGCAGAAUACCCCACCAUCCCCAUCGUUCCCUCCACCACCUUCUUUCCAGGAGCUGGAAGCCAGUCAAUUUGUCACUUCUCCUGUGCAAAUGAGUGUCCUUAACUCCCACAGUUCUCCUGCAAUGCAGCCAGCAAGCUCUUUCAACUAUGCUCGACCUAAACAGUUUAUUGCAGCCCAGGGUGCCUCUGGCUAUGUGACACCGUCUUCUGGAUCUUCAACAUCUAGCUUACCAUCCCCAAUGUCACCAUCGACUCCUCAAAAACAAUUUGGUAGGGUUCCAGUGCCACCUUUCUCACAGCCCUUCCCCAAUGAAGGAGAACAGUUUUGGUCUCCAACAUCAUCAUCUCCACCACCUCCCCCACCUCCUGUCUUGAGUCCAACAGCAAAUUAUUGUGUUCAAGAUGCAUUUCCGCUUCCACCACCACCUCCACCACUUCCUGUUUCUGCCCCUUCACCUACAUACAGUCCGUCCCCUUCACCAACUGGAAGAGGUCCUAGUUCCUGCCAUAGUCCUGCUGCCUUCCUCAGCUCUAUGUUGCCAUCCCAGCCAUCACCUGUUUCAUUCAAUGAGCUUGGUCUUCCAAAAGGCGUAAUGCCUCCAGGCUUCCCAAAGAGAUCCGGCCGCACCACCCGCAUAGCAUCAGACGAAGAGAUACAGGGGACAAAAGAUGCAGUCAUACAAGAUCUGGAGAGAAAGCUGCGUUUCAAGGAUGAAUUUCUGAACAACGGCCAGCCGAAAUUAACCUAUGAAGAGAAGAUGGCUCGCAGGUUGCUUGGAGCUGACAGUGUUGCCACAGUCUUCAAUAUCCAGGAGCCAGAAGAUGAUUCAAACGCGCAGGAAUAUAAAGUCUCCAGCUUUGAGCAGAGGCUCAUCAGUGAGAUUGAAUAUCGUCUGGAACGUUCCCCUGUUGAAGAAUCAGACGACGAAGUGGAACAUGACGAUGAAGAAGUAGAAAACGCUACACCACCUCAAUUUGAGACAAAAUUGAGGCAUUAUAAGAUUUUUGAAGGAGUGCCAGCCACCUUCACAUGUAAAGUUACUGGCAACCCAAAGCCAAAGAUAUAUUGGUUCAAAGAUGGGAAGCAAAUCUCUGUGAGAAGCGAGCACUAUAGGAUUCAAAGGGAACCGGACGGGACCUGCUCCCUCCAUACUUCAGCCGCGGCCCUUGACGAUGAUGGGAAUUACACUAUCAUGGCUGCAAACCCACAGGGCAGAGUAAGUUGCACAGGAAGGCUAAUGGUGCAGGCUGUGAACCAAAGAGGACGGAGCGCACGUACAUCAAUAUCCCAGCCUCACAUGAGAAGACCUAGAUCACGGUCAAGAGAUAGCGGAGAUGAAAAUGAACCCAUCCAGGAGAGAUUCUUCCGUCCGCACUUCCUGCAGGCUCCCGGUGAUCUCAUUGUUCAAGAAGGGAAGCUCUGCAGAAUGGACUGCAAGGUCAGUGGACUGCCCACACCUGACCUGAGCUGGCAGCUGAACGGAAGACCAAUUCGUCCAGAUACCUCUCACAAAAUGCUGGUGCGAGAGAACGGCAUUCAUUCAUUGGUGAUCGAACCUGUAACUACAAGAGACGCUGGAAUAUAUACCUGCGUCGCCACAAACCGUGCAGGGGAGAAUUCAUUCAGCCUGGAACUCAUUGUUGCCGCUAAAGAUGCCCACAAACCCCCUGUGUUCGUGGAGAAGCUCCAAAACACAGGGGUAACGGAAGGAUACCCCGUCAGACUGGAGUGCCGUGUGUCGGGAAGCCCCCCACCACAGAUCUUCUGGAAGAAGGAGAACGAUUCACUGACUUACAACACCGAGAGAGUCAGCAUGCAUCAAGAUAACUAUGGAUACCUCUGCCUACUGAUCCAGGGUACCACAAAAGAAGAUGCUGGCUGGUACACCGUUUCAGCAAAGAACGAGGCUGGCAUUGUGUCUUGUACUGCAAGACUUGAUGUACAUACUCAGUGGCAACAGCAAGCUCCCAAGACAAGGAAAGUCCGGCCAUCAACCAGUCGAUACGCGGCACUUUCUGACCAAGGGCUGGACAUCAAAGCAGCUUUUCUGCCAGAAGCGAACCCCGUGCACCUGCACCCUGCACUGAUUGAGAGCGACGACCUGUAGAUUGGAGACUAGGACUUUUCUGUAGCUGCCACAAGGGGAAAACAUGGGAAGCCUCAGCUGACGGCUGGCAGUGUUCUCACACCGUGUAACAGAUCAGACACGCCUUGGGCUAAACUGAUAAGAACAUGUUAAACAGCAUAUUAACUAUGUGUGUAACAGACUAGAAAAUAACAAAGGAGGGAAAAAAAAUCUGAUGUAUCCAUGGCACUAACAUAUCACUCACUGCUCUAAAAACAAAGCUUUCUUACCUGUUACGCAAAUUUGUACCAAAACUCCUUAAGGAUGCAAGAUUUCUUGGACUCGCCAGUGCCUUUUUAGCCAUUGAGGGUAAAAGUUUGAAAUGUUUUAUGUUGGAGUGUUUAGGCACCAAAAGUAUGUUUUUUAUUUUAAUGUCAUGAUUGGUGGUGAAUCGCUAUGUGCUCAGUAAGUAUCAGUAUGCCUUGUUUGGGGUAUGAAUUGCAUUUUCGUUAUUGUAACUGUAAAGGAAACGUGCGUCUAGGAUGCUGUCCAGCUGUCGGGACACACAACAGUUCACAGGGCUGUAGAUGUUAACAGCUUUUAAUAACCUUCUUGUGCUUUUCUCUUCUCACACCCCUAAUUGUUUGCUUGGAAAUAUUAAUAGCGCACUUUGUGGCAUUUAGGAGGCUGAAAUGUGCCUAUAUAGUUUAAGGUUUUUGUUAUGCAUUUGUUUAUUCACCGGCGAAACCUUCUAAAUCACAAAACCAAAGUCAAAUUAACACCUGAGCCACAGAGAGUGGUCUGUAAAACACAAGAAAGGCAGGAAAUCAGGAUGUUCACAGAUGUCCAUGAAUGCGUUGACUUCCAAGGGUGGCCUGCGUUCUUCUAACGCAUACUAAUGAUAGAUGAGGUCAGUAAAAUACCUGUGUGUUCCCGAAGCCCAAUAAACCACAGGCUUUUUUCUUCUUCUUCUAGAAGUACGUAUUAACAUAUGGCCAGACACAAAAUCCUUGGUGUGACCAGGAAAUAAUAACGUAGACGGGGGCCGGAUGUAAUUCAGUAGGUGCUUAACGAAAGUGCAGAUGGUGGACUAGAUAUUAGCAGAUUCUGUUUACAUACUAAAUGUUUGGAAAGUUGCACAUUCAUAGCAGAGGGUUGGAAAGCAGUGUUUCAAUAAACAGGUCACGUGCUUUACACUACACAAA